AAAUCACAGCUACACAUCAAUCCAAGAUGGCUGGCGGUGGUCACAACAGUCUCGCCUUUGAUCCGGCGCUGGUCAAGUACAACCAGAUGUCCGUGGAUCGUUACAAGCACUUCAAGUGGACUCCCCGUACUGCCUGGCUCUCGAUCAUCUUCGCUGUCGCUAUCCCUAGCUCGCUUUACUACGUCGCAAACAAGACCGAUGGCAAGUACGAGUUCCGCGGCAAGAGAAGAGGAGACACCAUGAAGGAGUUCUAAGCUCAAUGACGAAUGCGAGGUCAUGAACAAAUGCGACGUUAAAGUUGGGGAAGAUACAACAAUUAUACCACCAUGUCAAUACCAACCCACAAGAACUACUCCAUCCCUUGGUGCCGGCCAUCAUGACUUGAAUCGUUCAUGCAGGAGCAGGCAGUCUCUUCAACAUCUUAUGCAACUACUCGUGUGCACGCCGGAAGAGACUCGGGUUGUACUCUGAAACCGUGAUGGCUGUGUGAACCUUGUGCCUGAUGUUCUUUUUUUCAACAUGUCAAGAUUGACGGCUGGUCGGCCUAAUCGUUCUCGAGUCAAAGUUUUGUAGCCGCAUAGGACUCGCUCAACCUCGUGAAAGCCGCAAAGUAUCUCGCUGUUGGACUGUAGAUACGAAAUGCAGUACACAAGAAUAGUAAUGACCACCUCUGCACGCGAGAG